AUGGAUAUCACCGGUGUUAAAUUAAUUCUUUCACUCGUUUUCUUUCUCUCCACAUUUUUAUGUUUAACUAUUCCGAUUUGUCUUUAUUCUCGGCUGAAAUCUCGUUCAACCCGCUCACAUCUCUCCUUCAUAUCUGUGAAUACUUUCAUCAGUUGUAUAACUUGCGUUGGUGGCGGUAUUUUUCUCGGCGCAUGUCUGUUGGAUUUAUUACCUGAAGUUAUUUCUCACAUAAACAUGACACUUAAAGACGAAUUUCAGUACGAUAAUCAAGCGUCAAAACAUUAUCCCAUUGCUGAACUGUUAAUCGCGGGUGGAUUCUUUCUCGUUUUGUUUGUCGAACAAAUCACUCUAUCGUGCCAUUCGAAUUCUACGCGUUCCAUCGCUCAAUUGAGCAAAAAACCGACAGUUAUUAUGGCACACGAUGAUGACGACGAUGAAACAUCAUUUAUCAAUGAUCAAAAUCCUUUAGUGACAAAGCCCUCGUCGACAGAACAUCUUUUUGACAUCAGCGAACAUAAAGAUGAUUUACUUAUCAAUCAAAAUCGUGUGUCUUACACACGAAACUUCGUUUUAAUCUUGUCGUUAAUCAUUCAUUCAGUAUUCGAAGGCAUCGCACUUGGUUCAACGAAAGAAUCGAAGUUAUUCUUCGAAUUAUUUUUCGCGAUCAUCAUUCACAAAUCCAUCAUUACAUUUAGUGUUGGAUUGAAAUUAAUGAAUCUAUCGAAUAAACGUUUAGUCUAUUUUGCAUCCUUUCUGCUAUCAAUUGCGACGCCUGUUGGAAUCCUGAUUGUUAUUACUGUUCAAGAACUUUUACCAAAUAAUCGAGGAGCGAAAUUGACACAUGAAGUUCUUCGUGCUUUUGCAUGCGGAACGUUUUUCUACAUUACAUUCUUGGAUGUUUUACCUCACGAAUUGAAUUUGAAUUCUCAUCCUCGGCAUUCGACAUCGAAUCGCCAUCGAUUCCUAAAAACAUUUUGUAUAUUUAUUGGCUUUAGUUUUAUUGCGCUAUUGUCAUUUCUAAUGAAAUAA